AUGGCCCCUCAAAAGAAAAGCAAGAAGGAUGCGAACAGCAUCAACUCCAAGUUGGCGCUUGUUAUGAAGUCCGGAAAGGUCACUCUCGGCUACAAGUCUACUCUCAAGUCUCUGCGAUCCGGCAAGGCCAAGCUGAUCAUCAUUGCUGGCAACACUCCUCCCCUGAGAAAGAGUGAACUCGAGUACUACAGCAUGCUGUCCAAGGCUCCCAUCCACCACUUCGCCGGUAACAACAUUGAGCUCGGCACUGCCUGCGGAAAGCUCUUCCGCUGCUCCACCCUUUCCAUCCUGGAUGCUGGUGACUCUGAUAUCCUCAGCGACCAGCAGGCUUAA